AUGACCCCGGCCAUCGAGCGCUCUAAUAACCCGAGAGAUAUAUUGCACGAGAGUGCAGCGAAUCCAGCAACCAAGUCAGAUUAUCCCUCGGCUCCACCUGUCAUGGUCAUCCGUGAUCUAGCCUCGGAUAUCGGGGUAAGAUCACCAGACGCCAGCUCACACGAAUCAGUACUAGAUGGCCUUAUAUCGGCCGAUCUGUCACUCAAUCUCAUCACUAUCUUCCUAGAGCAUUACGGUCGAUGGGUUCUCUUCGAUCCAGAAACCGAUCCCAAGAUCUUACUUGGUAGGGUUAAUCGAUCACCACUGCUAUUCUCCGCUUGCUGUCUGAUCGCUGUCCGACAUACAACGGAAAGCCUGGCGACUACUCUCGCCCCGAAGCUCUAUCAGAGUGCUCGAUCGUUGGUCUCGACCGCAUUACUUGUUUCCCCGCAGCCGAUAGAGUUCUUCCAAGCUGCCAUCGUCCUUUCAUUAUGGUCCACCACGGUGGGCCAAGUUCCGCUGAGCAUCGACAGUUGGCUGCUAAGCGGAUUCGCCUUGCAACAUUGCCAAUCCAGCCCUUUGUUCGACGCAGUCAACACAGCUAAUGCGCACACGGAACUCACGAAAACAACCCUCGAUAACUGGUGUAUCUGGAACCAUCUGUGUCUCGCGCAUCUGCAGUAUUGCGUCGGCACAAGCAGAAAGUCCAUGCUGCAAGCCUCGCAGAUACCGAAAUGCCGAGCGAUAGUAGGCUCCGAUCAUGCCACGAAUUAUGAACUGCGGAUGUCUACAGGACUGGAAAAAGGAGCAGAACAACCCCGCGCGCAAUUCCUGCUGAUGGGCUUCCAUUUCGCUCAUCUUCUCCUAUACGAUCAAUGUUUGAAAAGUAAAACUGCGCGAGCCCGCGAAUCGGUCAUUUCUGAAAUGAUCCGCCAUUCAACAGCCAUCAUUCGACUUGCGAUCGACACCGCGGACGACCGUACGCGCCAUCUAACCGACCACAUCUACCACAUGAUCACGUUCGCUGCCAUUAUCAUCUGCAGGCUACUGAGCGCAUACGAGGACCAACUAAUACAGAUAUACAACCUAGACGAACUGGACUCAUUGAUACUCAGUCUCGUAACCUGGAUGCAGACCAUCGGUCUCCCUUGCCACGCAGCGCAUACACUCGGUCACGUCAUUGGGAAGGUUCAUCAGAAACUACGCCCAGCGGUCGUUCCCCAGCCACUGGCUACAGAACAAAGUGAAGCGUUUUUCGGACAGGACUUGGCAGGCUAUUUCCCCGAGUUCUUAGGCGUUGAGACAACAGAAGACGGAAACUGGGAUUUACUGCCUAGUUGGGGAUUUUCAAGCCCUCCAUAG